CGUUGACGCGGGGGUUUUCUCUGGCGGCUGGAUAACCGUGCCUGGGUUUGUGGAGCUGCGCCUUUAGUCCCCACUGCGUGGGCGAGGAGCGAGGUUUUCCGCUCGCCUGCAGGCGCGGUUGUUGGGCUUGGUUCUGAGAGUGACCGCCCUCACCCGUCUCCCGGCCUCUCCUCCAGGCCCAUUCUCCUCUGGGCCUCCUCGGAGCGGCGGCGGCGUCCCCGAGGACUCGGCCCGGGAGGACUAGCGGCCCAUCUCCGCUCCGGGCUCGGAUGGGAGGCGGCGGGAGGAGCGGCCUGGGAUGUUCAGUCUGAUGGCCAAUUGCUGCAACUGGUUCAAGCGGUGGCGGGAGCCCGUCAGGACUUGCACAGGAUUGGGGAAACAGACGCUUGGAGGGCACAAACAAAACUUUGUGCACACCAGGACCCAGGAGAAAGGAGCAGUGACCACACAAGAGACUGGCCCAGACUUGCCUAAAGGUGACUCUUGUGAUGUUGGGACUUGAUAAUGCUGGUAAAACGGCAACAGCGAAGGGAAUCCAAGGAGAGUAUCCUGAAGAUGUAGCUCCUACUGUUGGAUUUUCCAAAAUUGACCUUAGACAAGGAAAGUUUGAAGUCACCAUCUUCGACUUGGGAGGUGGAAAAAGAAUUCGAGGAAUCUGGAAGAAUUACUAUGCUGAGUCCUAUGGGGUAAUAUUUGUUGUGGAUUCAAGUGAUGAAGAAAGAAUGGAGGAAACAAAAGAGACAAUGUCAGAAGUGCUGAGACACCCUCGGAUAUCCGGAAAGCCUAUACUGGUGUUGGCAAAUAAACAGGAUAAAGAAGGGGCUCUAGGAGAAGCUGAUGUGAUUGAGUGUCUUUCUCUGGAAAAGCUGGUCAAUGAGCACAAGUGCUUGUGUCAGAUAGAACCUUGUUCAGCAGUCUUGGGAUAUGGAAAGAAAAUUGACAAGUCCAUUAAAAAGGGCCUUUAUUGGCUGCUACAUAUCAUUGCAAGGGACUUUGAUGCCUUAAAUGAACGCAUCCAAAAAGAUACAACCGAACAACGUGCUCUUGAGGAGCAAGAGAAGCGAGAAAGGGCUGAACGCGUACGGAAAUUACGAGAAGAAAGAGAACAAAGAGAACAAGAACGGGCUGAACUCCAUGGAACCAGUGGGAUGGCUGAGUUGGACCCAGAACCAGUUACUGUUAAUCCUUUCCAGCCAAUAGCAUCGGUAAUCAUUGAGAAUGAAAAAAAACUUGAAAGAGAGAAAAAGAGGCAAAAUACAGAAGACAGUGAUGGCUGCCCCCUGAAGCAUAAAAUGGAGCAUGAGCAAAUAGAGACGCAGAGCCAGAUCAGUGACAGUAGCCAAAAAACCAAUGAGUUUGGAGUAGUAGAAAAUUAUAAGGAGGCAUUAACACAGCAGUUGGAAAAUGAAGAUGAGACAGACUGGAGAUCAUCAGAAUCAGAUGGCAGUAAAAAGAAAACCAAGAAACUAAGGAUGAAAAGGAGCCACCGUGUAGAACCUGUUAAUACAGAUGAUUCUGUUCCUAAGAGUCCAACACCACCUCCACCUCCUCCUCCUGUUGGCUGGGGAACCCCCAAAGUCACUAGACUUCCAAAACUUGAGCCUCUUGGUGAAACACGUCAUAAUGAUUUCUAUGGAAAGCCACUGCCUCCCGUGGCUGUGCGACAGAGACCUAACAGUGAUGCUCACGAUGUCAUCUCAUAACCAGGUCAUAUGGAUGUGCUCUCUUUACAUCAGCAAGAUGAACUGCAGGGCCUUCUUUCUCAACAGAGGAAAACCUUGAACAUCGAUGACUGGGGCAAGAUAACCAUAACAAUAUCAGUGAGCCAAAGACCUGACUGUUCUGAUCAUUAAUUACUUAUCCAUGGUCUUCAUGGUUAAAAAAAAAAAGACCAGCAAGUGGGAUGAGCGUUUGGAACAAGUUAGCAAGAGUUAGUGUUGACUCUGGUUUAUACAUCCCCACUCAUGGGUGUAUUCCUGAAGGAAAACCUGUUCAGAAAAAGAGCCAAUGGACUCUGUACACUUCCUUUACUAUUUAAUAGUCUUUAUUUCUUUAUUUUAAAUGUUUGUAAGAUAUAUGUGCAUGGAAAGGGGAUUCUUGGGAAUUUAUAACCUCAAUUUUUAACUUUUUAUAUUUUUCUAGAAAUUUUGUUUAAGGAUUUUAAUUACUAUGAUAUUGACUGUGCACUUUUCUAUAGCUGGUUUGUUUCAACUGUGUCUGGAAAAUGGAAUUGAUUUACUUGACAGACACGAACUAUACAAACGAGAUAUAUUUAUAUGGUUUGAAGUAUGUUUUAUAAUAGUAUUUUUCUUUAAGUAUACAUCUUAAUUUGACCUUAAGAUACUUUUAAAAUAGAUUCUCAGAUUUUUAUUUUACCAAAUUUUGUUAUUUGAAAGCACUAAUUACUUGAAUGUUUGUUGCUGUUUGUUUUCUUUGAUGACAUUCCCAAUAAAUGAAAGACACUUGCAAUUCC